CUGUGGCGAGGAGACGACGCAGUUCAUCCUGAGGUGGGAAGAAACAUCAAUCUUAGUGAUGGUAAGGAUCUUUCGAGUGUGCAAAAGACUUCGAGGAACCGUGCAAUUGACCAAGAAGAAGAGUUACAGGAUCUUCAUGCUGAAGCCCUCGUCACUGUCGGCAGCUAUUCUUCUUAUGACCACCAAACAUAUGAUACCAGAGCGUCCUCGUCGUCCGCAGCAGCAUUAACUCCUUGUCUGGUGUCUCGCAAAUGCGAAGGUCGCACAAAUUCUACUACUUCCUCUGAACAGCAGUACAAGAAGAACAAUCAUAAUGUUGAUAUUGUGAAAAUUCUUUCGAGUUCGAGGUCUUCCGACACGUUACAAACUUCUACAACGUCUUCGCAUGUUAAAAAUCAUGAUAACGAUCUUCGCCAAGCUCCUAGUUACCAAGCGCGCCAAGCAACGCAUGCUGGAGGGUCUCGCCGACGGAGUUUUGUCUUUGUAUCAGCC